AUGUCGCUCGGUAUUUUAAGAGCUCCAGUUGCUAGUGCCCAUAAGGCAGCAGCACUCAGACCUGCUCUCGCGAUUUAUGCUGCUCGUUCUGUGCACACGUCGAAAUCUGCACAAGCACCCGAAACUACACCCACACCUACUUCGGUCUCCUCUGGUUCUGAGCCUAUCACCACAUUAGCGAUGCACGGCUCAAAUCAACUCAGUCUCGAGCAGCCCCAAAAUAAGGCUGAGUACGUCCUGUCGACAUUAGACAAAGUUGUCAACUGGGCACGCCAAGGCUCGAUAUGGCCCAUGACUUUCGGUCUUGCAUGUUGUGCUGUCGAAAUGAUGCACAUGGCUGCUGCUCGCUAUGACCAAGAUCGUCUUGGUGUCGUUUUCCGUGCCUCUCCGCGUCAAUCUGACGUUAUGAUUGUUGCCGGUACCCUCACAAACAAAAUGGCUCCGGCUCUUCGUAAGGUCUAUGACCAAAUGCCCGAGCCAAGAUGGGUUGUGUCCAUGGGAUCUUGCGCAAAUGGUGGCGGCUACUACCACUACUCAUACGCUGUUGUCCGUGGCUGUGAUCGGAUUGUGCCCGUGGAUAUCUACGUCCCUGGUUGCCCACCGACUGCUGAAGCAUUGCUUUAUGGUAUGUUGCAGCUUCAGCGCAAAAUGAGAAGAAACAGGAAGAGUGUGCUUUGGUAA